UAACUUAGUUUGCAGUUAAUUUACUUCAUUCUCCCCAAAAUUAUCUGCCUAAAAUGGUCUAGGGAACUUGCUACAAAAUCAAGUGUGUAUAUAAUAAUGAUCUAGAAACCGGAGGGCAACGGCGACGAAUAGGGGCAUUAUCGGGACCACCUGGAGGCCGCUGAAGGGACCUAACACUACCUAAAAUAAACAGCUUCGUCAUGGCGGCUCUGGUGGACGAAAGCAACUACGCCUAUGUGAAGCAGGUGGCUCUGGACUGGCGGGAGCUGGUGCGCGAGAAGCGCAAGAGCAAUAUCUUUUCGCCCACGAUAAGCAUGCAGGCGGUUGAUUCCCAACAGCCGAUAGGGGACACAAGGUCGCGGACACAGUCGAUGAUUCCGGCCGAGAGACGCGAGUCCAGCUUCUACCGGCACCGCUUCUCGCAGCAGGCCAAGCCCGUGGAGAUCGAGUGCCAGGAGGUCGGAUCAAUGGAGCCAGACCGCAUUCGGGUUAGCGGAGACAUUCUGCUCUACAUCUACCAACCGAUUUUUGUGUCAAACACAGUGAUGGCCUCCAUUCAAGCCUGGUCGCCCAGUGAAAUAAGCAUAACGUCGUCCAAACUGAAGGAGCCUAUUAGAGAAGAGAACCCCACGGCUAAGGUGGAAUCCGAUCCAUCACCCGAGCCCAUGUCGCCGUAAUCAUGAAAUCCGGUGAUUCUUUUUAUACCAUCCUAAUCGUUUAGCACUUGUGAGCAAUAAAGAAAAUGUAAAUCUGACCAUUUU